GAUGAUGAUGGUGACAGCAUCCUCCACACCUGACUGACUCCGUCAAACGGGCUGAAGAUGGAGCUUUCCUCCGCGCUGCCGGGCUUUUAUCCUGCCGCUACUGCUGCCACAAUCUCGCAUGUCCAGUGUCCGACGCAUGAUCUCCAAACACCGUAAUCGUCUCGAGUGUUUUCGCCGUGAUUCUUUUAGCCAAUUCACGCCCGAUCCCUGCGUGGACGGACGGUGUGUUCGCCUCAUACGCACCGAGGCUGCUCUUUAUUUAACACAAGUGGACUCAUCUGCUGCUGCUGCUGCUGCUGCUGCGUCGCUGGUAAACACAAGAAAUGGGUGUCAUCGAGCCAAAGCUGCCAAUACCGGCUGUAGCACGGACCACAAUCUCGCUUUUCUUAUGAUCCAACAUCUGUGCGCUCCAGGUUUUCCAGGCUGCUACACUGACCAGGCGGCGAUCAAGCAAACAAAUGGUCCAAUCAAAAGCCAGUGGACUGAGUCUGCCAUAGGGAGGACACUGACAACACGCUAACACGGUCGACACACACACACGCGCAGUCGAUGGCGCUGGAGAACUCGGUCUUCCCCUCCCGCCCCGACUCCCUCUCGCUCCCCGUGGAGGAGAAGGUUGACGGCGAAGAUGUGGAGGUGGCCACCGAGGCCACGGCCUCCGCGGGAGUCUUCAACGUAUCGGAGGAACUGGGCCACGUCGUCACAACGGAGACGGCGCCAUCCCCUCCGCCCUUGGCCAAGGUCAACAGGUCGUUCCAGGCCAAGCUGGCUGAGCGGGAGGCCAAUGCCAAUCAGCCCAGGAAGAAGACCCAGGGGGCGGAGAAGGAGCGUGGGCGAUUCGGGUGGGCCCGGACUCGGCGCAAGAGGCAGCGCUAUGUGGAGAAAAAUGGCCGGUGCAACGUGCAGCACGGCAACAUGCGGGAGACGUACCGCUACCUGACUGACAUCUUCACCACACUGGUGGACCUCAACUGGCGCUGCUCGCUCUUUGUCUUCGUCAUGGCCUACGCUGUCACGUGGCUCUUCUUUGGCGCCAUCUGGUACCUCAUCGCUUACUGCAGGGGCGAUCUGGACCAUCUGGAGGACGAGACGUGGACGCCGUGCGUCAACAACGUCAACGGCUUCAUCUCCGCCUUCCUCUUCUCCAUCGAGACGGAGACGACCAUUGGCUACGGCCACCGCGUCAUUACUGACCAGUGUCCGGUGGGCACGAUGCUGCUGCUGCUGCAAGCCAUACUGGGAUCAAUGGUCAACGCGUUCAUGGUGGGCUGCAUGUUCGUGAAGAUCUCACAGCCCAACAAACGAGCCGAGACACUGGUGUUCUCCAAGCACGCCGUCAUCUCCCUGAGAGACGACAAGCUCUGCCUCAUGUUCAGAGUUGGCGACCUGCGCAGCUCGCACAUCGUCGGCGCCAACAUGAGGGCCAAGCUCAUCAAGUCCAAACAGACUCAGGAAGGUGAGUUCAUCCCUUUGGACCAGACGGACAUCAGCGUGGGCUUCGAGACCGGCGACGACCGACUCUUCCUCGUCUCGCCGCUGGUGAUUUCCCACGAGAUCGACGCACACUCGGCGUUCUGGGACAUGUCUCAGGCUCAGCUGGAGAAGGAGGACUUUGAGAUUGUGGUCAUUCUGGAGGGAAUGGUGGAGGCCACUGGAAUGACGUGCCAGGCGAGGAGCUCCUAUCUAGCGGAAGAGGUGCUGUGGGGUCACAGGUUCAGCCCAAUGAUGUCUCUGGCAGAGGGUUUCUUUGACAUCGACUACGGAGCCUUUCAUCACACGUUUGAGGUGGACACGCCCUCCUGCUCAGCGCGGGAGCUCUCAUUGGCCGCCGCCAGACUUGACGCUCACCUCUACUGGUCGAUCUCCAGCAGGCUGGACGAGGAGCCCACGCUGACCAACCAGGCGGCCAAGCAGCCGGACAGCGGCUCGGCCGACAGCAAAGGAGGCGAGCCCAAGUUCAUCGUCGGGGAGAUGACCGACAUUCAGGAGCAAACGGGACUGGGGGAGUUAAACGGCAGCGUCGCCACCAACCAAUCAGAAUCAGAGGCCUGAGAACAGAGAAUGUUUACAAAGACCUUCAGUGUAUCACCACGACGCCACACUUAGUGUUUGUAGAGCUUUCAUUUGUACGAGCAUUGGACUCUGCGGGGGCUGCAGUUAUAGGCCAUAUCCUUACGGGGGCGCCGCUUGUAACGUUUGCUGAAUUGAACCGAACAAUGAUAAAAAAACAGAAAUGAUGUAAGUAUAUUUGCAAAUUUAAAAAUCUAAAUCUAAAUGUUUCAUUCUCAACGUCAUGCCCACCACUCGAGUCACGUUGGGCGUGGCGGACAUUCUCGGAGUGGGCUGGCCCGUAGCAUAUUUAACAAUUAGAUUCAACCGUUUAGUCAUUUUGAUUUAGAGGAUGUGUUCAUUUGUUUUUAACUUUGCAAAUAUUGCCGUGAAUCUGGUCAGAAGUGACUUACAUGAACUUGCACACCAUUUAUUUUGUCAUCGUUUGGAGUCAAAUGUUAAAUUGACUUUACAAACGACGCCCCACGCAUCUUACGUUACUAGACGAGGGAAUUUCUUUCUCAUUCCUCCUUUGUCUCUUAUUUCUAUGUUGAUCUUAAACGUACUGAAUGUUUGCUUCUCUUUUUCAGUCUGUCGUGUUAGCUCCUAUCACCCUUGCCUAUAUCUACAUUUAAAAUGACAAUACUAUGCUUCAGGUGGGGUCAGCAGCGGUAUAAUCUGUGGACCACGUGGCCGAAUGUUAAACAGUCAGAGGUUUCGUUAAUCUCAUUCGGCAAAAAGAUGGGGGGGGGGAAGAGUUUACGCCGAGUUAAAUGUUAAAAUAGACACAAACGCAUGGGUAGUUCAUUUGAAAACGUAGGAAACUAGAUUUGAAGUUUGUCCUCAGAUUUAUUCAGCAUUCAGGUGUUAACAGGGUAGGAAAAGUAACAGCAGCUCAAACGUGCAUAUGUUUUGCUUCACAUUGAGCCACAAAACCAUUGAAAUUUAAAAA